AUGAACAGCAAAAUAAAUUGUACCGCAAAAAAAAAUAAUGAUAAAAGUGUUCCAUAAUUUAAGGAAGGAAUCAAUAAGCAUGAAAAUGAUCACUUGGAUAUCAGGAUAUCAAUAUUAUGUGAACUGAAAUCAUAUGAGGUAAUACAUAAUAUCCAUUUUAUAUGAGUAAAGAUUAAAUUAAUCUUAUUUUUUAGGCUGAAGAACAGGGUUUUAAUACUGCAAAAGAAAAUUAUUUAAAAAUUUAUUCUACAAUAAGAAAAAUGCAAAAUCCCAAUUUUUAAGAAGAAUCUAGAAAUAAAAAUAAAUUAUUUAUUACAUGUAUAUAAGUUAUGACUAUUGUUGAUCCACCUGAAUUGCCUAUGAUUUUGUCAAUUUCUGUAAAUAAAUCUUUAACUUUAUUAUAAUUGCUCAAGAUUUUUUGCAAAGAAACAUUCAGAAUUCCAUUAACUGGAAAAGAAGAAGUUUUAAAUUUUGAUAAAAUUGGUACCAUAACUAAUGAUACUUUAUUAUUUACUGAAAUUGUAGAUAACUGUUUUUUUAAUAAAUAAUCAUUGUUGUUUUUAAACUUAACAAACAUAACACUAAUGUAUACAUUUAUCAAAAAGGUUAAAAACCUUAUAGACUAUUAGCUAAAGGUUCUUGAAGCAUUAUAAUAACUAUUUUAAGAAAUUCCAAAUGAAAAAGAAUGCUGUUAAUAACAUUAUUUGGGAUAUAAUUAUUAUGUUUCACAGAUAGAGAAUUGA